AGAGGAGAAAGGAGCGGCGGUGACGCUACGAGAAGUCAAGAACGAUUGCACCCGAGUCGCCCAGGGCUAGGCGACGUGGGGGCUUUUUUAAUAGCCGCACCGGAUAUUUUUUUUGUAAAAGCCGAGAGAGAUUUUUAUUUCUCGGUCUUUGCAUCAACUAAAAAUAUAUAUAAUCAUUUUAAUAUAAGUAUCAAGACAAACGAGCGCCUAUCUAAAGCUGUUUUGGUGCAACGCACACAAGUUACAAUCAACAAUAAUAGUUGUUGAUAACGCGAACCCUAUUUUGAAUAGGACUCCUUCUACUCCUCCCGCAACGCUCCCACGAGCGUCUCGGAGGCCAACCCUAGCGCCGCCGCCCCCCUUCCCCCUUCCUCAAUCCCUCCUCCCUCGCUGCCGCCAGGCGGCGUGAGCGGGCGAAGCCCGUUCAUCGUCGACGGCAGCGGGGCUUCUGUCCUGCGUGUGCGGGGGUGCGGCGCGGGCCUGAUGCCUCGGAUCUGAUGCGAUAUUCGAUGUUGGGUGCGGCAGCUCGGUGGCGCUCCAGAGUGGGCCGGCGACGGUGGCGUGACAGUGAUGCGACGGGUGGCACAGAGGUGGUGCAGGCUGGAGGCUGCUGGUGGCGGCGGCUGCUUCGCGGUGGCGCGCCCAUAUCCCCCUUUGGCGUCGUCGGUCGCGGGCAACCUGGGUCAUGGUCGGCCUCCUUGCCAUUGUUGGGCAGGGAGGUGGCGCGACAGCGGGUGGUUGCGUGCGCCGCUGGCCGGUCGGGCCCUUGCGGAUGGUCAACGUCGCACGAUGAGGGAGACCCUCCUGGUGGCCAUCCAUGGCGGCAACGGCGAUGGCUCCGCUCCCCCUUCUUUGGCGUCGGGCUCCUAUGCGUGCUCGUUCGUACCAGCAGCCAGGGUGGGACGAAACAUGAUGGUUUCGGGGGAGGCUGGUUGAAGGGACGGGGGCUCCAUGGUCGUCGGUCGUGGUCGUGGGUCGCUCCACCCCCUCCCCCUUCCCCAUCAUGAUUUCUCUGCUCUCGGUUCCGGCGUUACUCAAGGCGAGUGGUUUGUCGGCGGUGGUUGGGGUGCGGAUCUUCUCAAAGUCGCUGCCUUUGGUGGUUCACGGGGCGGUCUGGAUGCAGAACGGUGACUCUCGUGGUGGGAGGCAUGGUAGUUGUGGGCUGACAGCAAGACUCGGGUGCGGGCGGGCAGCCAUGGUCGCUUGGGUGACAUGGCCGCGGGUGGUUGGCGGAGCGGCAAUGCUAGUAAAGGGUAGGAGCACCGGGGUACACCACUUGCCCAGUCCCUGUACUGGCCGGCAGAGACGGCGUCCAUGGACGUUGUUCUCCUUGUUGCGGGCUCCGUCGUGAUGCUCUCACUCCUCUCGUGCCAUUUCGGAUGAAAACUUGAUCUUUGAGAUCAGACAGCUGCGGCUACACAUAGUCGUACCCUCCAGGAAGGCCUCGUCUUGGAGUUAGCUUUGGCCGUGUCCAUCUCAUCACUUCUUGAUGGAUUGCUCAUCUCGGUGGUGGUCUCCGUCGGUCCAAACUGUUCGUCUUUGCUUAUUAUUAGGUUGCUUGGUCGUUGUUGGGGUGAUGUCUCGGUGUUCGGAACCUUUGUAUCCCAUCAUGGAUGUGUGCGUUCAGUUGGUGAUGGACUGCGUUUGUAUCUUCUUUUCGUUUGUCAUGGUGAUGGUUGGUUUAUAUAUAAAAUGCGGGAAAUACUUUUUUGUGAAA